GAGGAAGGGAGCUUCAAAAAUCAAGAUGGCGACCUACGCCGAAGCAGGAAAGAGGUUUCAAUGCAAAUAAAGCUCAUCCUGUGAGCAGUUUACACCGGAGUGACGCCGCGAUAAGCCGUCGUUUGAAUUCUAAGAGGACAAGACGGAGCAGAUCGUGAGACUAAAUGGCUGCGAGGAAGUCUGGAUCGGAUGCAUACAACAAUGGGCCCAUCAGCUACCUUGAUGAAGUUCCUUUCAAGAUAAAUGAGAAAUUUCGCUGUCCAGCAAAAGUGGGGUUGCCUGUUGGCUUCUGUGUGAGAGACUGUGGCUCAUUACUUGUGGAAACACAGUAUGACUUUUCUCUGGAGAGGCGUAGUGUGCGCUGGGGGGUAGAACUGGCUGAGGCUCGAGCAGCAGAGGCCAGAGCAGAAGAGGCAGCAGCCAAGCAGGAGGCAGAGAGCAGGGAGUGUUUGGCCCAGUCUCAGGACAUUGACCGAGGUGGCGGGACAAAUCCCAGGUCCUCUGCAGAGGACCAAGAUCUUCCACCACCAGCGCUCAAUCCCGUUUUGGCCGGGCUGAGCCACAACGCCAUCCUCACUCCACUGCCUGCCCCAAGCUUCGGCCCCAGGAAAGCCCAACCCAGCACUCCUCAGCCACACAGUCUCAAUCUAGCUGACUUUGAGAGGGAAGAGGAUCCCUUUGAUAAGCUGGAACUCAAAACUUUGGACGACAAGGAGGAACUAAGGAGCAUUCUCCAGAGCCAGACUCAACCUCAGCCGCCUCCGUCUGUGUCCCCGCCAGAGGUCUCUCAGCAAGGAUCAGCAUCACGCGGAAGCAGCCCAUCUCCACCCAGCAUCAACACCGGCCCGUCGGCCAAACCAGGCUUUACCCACAAACCCAAUGGGUUAGUUGCCUUGCUAGACAUGGACAGAGUAGGGCAUCCUGGAAGAGCAGCGUUUGACGCUGACGAUCGACCCUGCAACAUCCGCUCUCUGACUUUUCCCAAGCUCUCUGAUUCUGGUGACCCAGAGCCAGUGAGGUACAGUCCAGUUCCUGCCCCUGCUCCCCAACAGAACCUGCCUAACGGUAGUCCACCGGCCCUGCCCAAGACCCAAGUUAUUGUUGCUCCUGAUCCUCCGAGUUUCACAAAGAGCGGCACACCAAAGCCAGCCAACCCGGGUUCGGGAUCUGCUGGGCUGCCGUGUGGCGGGGCCCUUCUCAGCAUGACCCCCAGUGAACGUCAGUGCGUGGAAACACUCGUGGGCAUGGGCUACUCUUAUGAAGGUGUCCUGCGAGCCAUGCAAAGACAAGGACAGAACGUGGAGCAGGUACUGGACUACCUCUUUGUCCAUGGCCGUCUGUGUGAGCGGGGCUUCGAUGCAACUGCAGUGGAGGAAUGUCUAGAAAUGUACCAGUGCUCAGAAGAAAAGGCUUUGCAGUUUCUCCAGCUCAUGUCAAGAUUUGGUGAAAUGGGUUUUGAGCGGGACACCAUCAAAGAGGUGCUGCUAGUCCACAACAAUGAUCAGGACAAGGCUCUGGAGGACCUGGUGGCUCGUGCCACAGCCAGCUGAGCCUAAAGAGUCCGCAAACCAAAGCUCUUCACAGGGCACGCCUCCCUCUACCACCCAACAGCCCCGUUUCCUUCUGCCUCUCCUGUCACAUCAUGCCCUGCCCUCGCCUUGGCUGGAAGGGACAGCUGGGAGACUGUUGUAUUUCUCUCUGUGCUAAAAUGUAUCGUGUCUCAGCACUUCUUAAAAGACUGUGUGCCUAGAGUGGAUGGGGAUUAAACUGCAAAUGACGAUUGGUGGUGUUGUUCCAGGAUCUGGCCCUGUUUGGUUUUUCAAAAAGUAGGAACAACGAUUGAGCCGGGAGGCAGAAAGAGCUGGGCUUUGGUAUUUUGAUGCCAUUCUAAUCUGACUGCGGGUGGAACUGCAGGACAGAACAAGCCGGAGAAGCUGGCCACCGGCUCUGAGUGCGUCUCUGAAAGAUCAGUGAACUUUGGAAACUCCCAAACACCUAAGCUGCCAUCUUCCACUGCUCACUGCAGGAACCGGAUAACGGCGGCGAGGAGAGAGGGCCUUGAGGACGCUCUCUUAAGACUGAACCUACUAUUAUUAAAGGAAAAAAAAAAAAUGAAAAAGGCACAGCGACCAGGCACAGAAUUGACUCUCAUGAAGUGCCCUCUGUGCUGUGGUGCCCUCCACCUCUUUGUUUGACUUUUAUGCUUUCUCUCAUUGAUGUCUGUUUUUCUGUUCCAUUUGGGCACUUUUUUUUUUUUUUUCCACAGUUUAAGGAGUUUGUGUCUUUGCUUUCUGUUUCAGGAACUGCGUCAUUACAUCAUUUGUCAUAACUCAGAACACGAGCGUCUUAACUUGCGCAGUGUGAUCUUCAACCUGCACUGGAAUAGCUUUGCUAAAGACAUGGGAAGAGACGGAGAACAGUUCUGUAAUGGCAGUUUAGGACAACGCCACAAAUCUUCGGCACUGUGUUUGUGUUCACAGACACGUUUCAUAAUUAUCAGCUUAUUUAAACUAGUACACUGACACUUUGAUUAAAGAGAGUUUGAUAUGGCAAUGUAAGAUAUGUUAACUUACGAACGUGAUGCUUCUAACUGUCAAGGACUUUUGUUUGCCGACUGGAAGAGCGUGAGUGGUUUGAUAGAAGAAAAAAAAAAUCGCAGCCACAUCACAGUGCAAUAGAAACUUUUUUUUUUUCAUUUUGUGUGACUGUUGGUUGGCACUUUGAGCCUGAUUUUUUUUUUUUGGGGGGAAAUAGUGAAUGGUCUAUAAGUCUUGCUGGAAAUUUGGCUCUUAAUAGAAAAGCCUCUCCUUUUUUAAAUUAAACGGAAUCUCUACAAUUGGAUAAAAUACUGCAUCUUUCAAUCAAUAUUUACUUGGAUUUGACUUGUCCAUUGUUUUUUAAGAUAAUUUUAGUUUUGCUGGCAUCUCUGCAGUCUGUUGUGAAAUGACAGGACAAAGGGUCAACAACAUUUUCCAAUAUGUUAAUUGGGUGCAAUCAUUUAAAAGAAGGAUAAAUGUAUUUCCUAAUUAUUUUAUUUCUUUGUAUAUGUAAUGAUAAAUGACCUGCCGAGUUCCACGUUUAAAAAACAUGUUGCUCGGUUGCAUCAAGUGCAAAGAUGGCAGAAGUUCCCAUAAUGUUGAGCUGCGUGGUUUUGAUGGGGAUUGUGAGAAGCAUGGAAACAGAUUAAGGGCUUAAAGCGAGCAAAAUGUGACUCAGAGAAUUGGCCUCUGUUCGAACGAAAGGGGGGAUAUUUCUGAUCACCCAAUCUGUUUGGAAACAAGUUUUAGUGUGUUCUUGCUGCAGACACAGAUGUGAUUUUCCUCAUUCGUUAGAAAACAUUUCAGACCAGCUGUUUCCAGAACAAAUUGUACCAGUGAAGUGCACAAGUUUGAGCUUGCAGUGAAUCAACUUCCUGAACCGCUCACGUUGCAGUGUUUGCUUCACCAGUCAUUAAUCUGUCCUUCAGUCAAACUUGGCUUUUUUUCUUUGUCGAUUUGCCUUGCACUCCCGCUGCAGGUGAAUAACUCGUCUUUGACACAGUUCCAGUAAAAUGACUUGAGCCAGCAUUUUAACUCCCACGAUGUGAUCAACAGGUAAAUGUUUUCACUUAGUGUUUUUGAAAUGGCCUUCCUUUUUGUUUACUGAGAUUAAGGAGAAGCGUAUACUUACCUAUCACCCAGAAACGUAAGUGGUAUUAUUGUCUCCAGACUUGACUUAAGUGUGGUUUAGUUCACCAGAGAUAAAGCAGGUUAAUGUCCACCUGCUUCAGCUCUGACAGCCACUCAAUGUGAAGCUGAUUAUUGUGUAGAAAGUUCAGGACCUCCUCCAGUUUCUGUUCGGACCUUUGAGCUGUGCAGGGAUGCAGUGCAACCAGGUUCUCAUUAUUUCGGGGAUGCUGUUCGAGGGUUGCUAUAUCAAGAUUCACUUCUACCGCCACUGCAUAACGGAUCUAAUAAACAUUGAAAUAUUUUAAUAGUAUAAAUAAAGGUUGGUGAGCUGAGUGUUCUUUCCCAGGCUCCUAAAGUGUGAUUCACAAAAUGUUCACUUUUCCUCUUGGAUUAUUUGCUAAAUUCACAUCAUUAAAUGUUCACGUCUUUUCAGUG